UGCAAAGCGAAUGCAAAAAGUAUGUGUGUUAAGCCGACUGAUUUCGGUUUGGUGUAAAUGGCGAGUGAAAAUUUGUUAAAAACCACAUUAAAAUAAUCCAUUUCCACUUGAAACGUAGAAAAAUUGGUUGCUCAUGAGACAGUGCUUAGAAUACACAUUAAGUUAAACAGUGUGGAUCGAAAUUACGUAAGGAAAUUGCAUUACGUUUCGGUGUCUCCAUUAAUGGUUCCUUUUCCUCCUGGAUUCAUGUGAAGUGAGAAAGCUGUGUUGCAAACAUGGAGGACUGAUUGAAAUUUUAUUAUUCUGAAAAUUAGGCGAUAAAAAGUGCAAUACUAUCUGUAUCUCAAUCGUGUGCUUUUUAGAUGCGGUGUAAUUUUGAAUAAUUUAGGCAGGCGUACCACCGAACAACUGAUACAAACACUGGUUUUAGACUACGGUCUCCUAGAAGAAACCACGAUGUCAGUUCAUUAUAAAUUUAAAAGCGCACUGGAUUUUGAUACCAUCAGCUUCGAUGGAUUGCACAUUUCGGUGGCAGAUCUCAAAAAGGCAAUCAUCCACCAAAAACGACUUGGAAAGACGAUGGAUUUUGAUUUGCAGAUCACCAAUGCGCAAACUAAAGAAGAAUAUGGCGAUGACACAACGUUGAUACCGAAGAAUACUUCGCUGACUAUUGCUAGGGUGCCGCUGAAGAAUGCACCCAAGAAAAAUUGGGAACCGAAAGGGGAUAAUAGCACUCCAUCGGUACCGGUGAGCAGAAAGGGACACGACAGCGCUACUGCAGUGCAGGCCAAUGUAGAUCUGUCCACGAUGAAUGGGACGGAAGAGGACAAAAUUCGUGAAAUGAUAUUUCAAAGCACAGCGGAAUAUGAUCCAACCAAUUAUCAAAAGAUACGAGGUGCAUCCCAGACUGGUGAGGUGCCGGUGAAUUAUAAAUGUUAUCGUUGUCACAAGCCCGGUCAUUGGAUUAAAAACUGUCCUCUUGGUCCAUUGCCCAAAGAAGCGAUGGAUGUGAAACGAACCUCCGGUAUUCCACGGUCGUUCAUAGAGCGUGACAAGGAUCCUGAGAACAAUCCGAUAAUUCAACCACCGCAGGUACCCCCGGAACAGAAGCAAGUCAUACCGGAGGAUUUGAUAUGCGGUAUCUGCAAAGAUCUGUUCACCGAUGCGGUCAUGAUACCGUGCUGCGGUAGUUCAUUCUGCGACGAGUGUGUCCGAACGGCUCUUCUUGAGUCGGAAGAUAACGAAUGCCCGGAUUGCAAAGAAAAAGGAUCUUCGCCGGGAUCGUUAAUACCGAAUAGAUUUUUGCGAAAUUCGGUAAAUGCAUUUAGAAAUGAAACUGGUUACAUAAAAACUGAUCGGAAAGUCAUCUCCAACAAGCAAACCAAACCCGUGGAAGAGCCAUCAGCGGCUCCUACUGAAGGCGUUGCCGUAACUUCAACUACCAAUGUUGCUCCUAACGAAGCAGAUAAUGAAACAAGGCACCCAACCUCCGAGGAAAGCGAGGAAAAACAAGCUGAAACCACAGACCAGUUACAUGAGAGUUAUGAGGAAGUCUCUCAACAUGGAGAUAUUGGUUCCCCAAGCGGUGACGAUAAAGUUUUUGACAACGAGUCUGAUUAUGAGGAUAAUAUAACGGUCACCGUUCCGCCAGCUCAUUUGCAAAGCCGAGGUGCAUUCCGAGGACAUUAUAACGGGAGGCAACCUCUACAUCUUCGGCACGAGACGCCUCCGGUAGGCCAUGAGCAUUCGUCUCACUACAAUAGCGGUACCAACAGUAGCGGUGGUAGUCGCAGUAAUAAAGAAGCUAUUGCUGAAGAAGGUGGCUCUCGCACACCAAAGGUAGACGACAAAGAAAACAACUAUAAUAUUGUUCCACCAUCCAACCCGAAACACGAGUAUGACAGUCGUUCUCCGGACUACCACCAGCCUAGUGGUAGAGGAUUAAUGCCAUUGCCACCACAUAACCCUCAUCCACAUCAACCACCAAUGGGAGCAGCCCCAUCUCAUCAGAACUAUAUGCCACAACCACAUCAAGGACAUCCAUAUCCCGGUCCACCACACGGUGGGCCUCAUCCGUAUCCUGUUGGAUACGGAAUGCAACAUGGCUAUCCUCCGCAACGUCCAUAUGAGCAUCAUGGCAAUGCCGGAAUGUAUCACGGUGAACGACCGAGAAUGAUGUAUCCCCCCCGUGGCGGUUAUGCACCUCAUCCUCCACACAUGAGACCGCGUCACAUGGCACCAAUGGCACCAGGAGGAUAUCCUGCAGCACCUAACAUUGGUCCUGGAGUUAUCGACGACCCGUUGGAAGCAUUCAAUCGUAUUAUGCGUGAAAAGGAGAGGCGCAAGGAACAGGAAGCAAAACAGGCCAAUCGUCAUCGAUCGCCACAUGCUGAACGUGGCCGUCGUUCGCGUUCUUUCGAUAAUACAAGCAGCAACCGGAGAGGACGCUCGGCGGAACGUGAACGACGCCGGUCUCCGAAAGCGCGUUCGCCAGAUCGACGACGAUCGCCCGAUGAAAAGCGAGGCGAUGAACGUGAUCGUGAGAGGGAACGAGACAGAGAGCGCGAUCGUGAACGCGAACGUGGUGGGAGACGUCGUAAUCGGUCCAGCUCGUACAGUUCCAGUGGAUCAAGAUCCAAAUCGAGAUCUCCCGGGAAAAGAGGCAAAUCUCCGAAGAAACGCUCACGCAGUCCCUACAGAGAGCGUCGGUCUAGAAGUCGAUCCAAAUCAUUUGAAGAUAGACGACAUGGAAAAUAUGUCAAAGAUCGCCGUGACGAUCGUCGAGAUGAUCAUCGUGGUGAAUAUCGUGAUAAUCGGGACCGAUCCCCGGGCUAUAAUCCUCACUUUGCAAGCUAUCGUGGUCGGGGCAAUUACCGAGGCGGCCCACGUGGUCGGGCUAGUAACCGUGACUACCAGCAGCACUAUUCGCGGGGCUAUGAUCGGGGUGGUCACCCUCAGGGGCCACCGGUACAAGCACCCCAGCACGAACAAUACGGUCACCCGAUGGGACCAGGACCGAACGAUUAUCACCACCAUGGUAUUCCGCCUGGUGUUGUGCCCAGCGCUAUGCCACAUGGAGUGCCACAGACAGGACAUUAUGUGCCACCGUCCCAACAGCCAAUGCCGCCUAAUGCAGCGGUUCCCAACAGAUAUCCACCACGCGAGGUUCCGCGCGGUCCUUAUAUGGGCCAUCCAGUUAAGACAGAGCCAAUGGUUUACUAUGAACCUCCACCGCAACCGGCUCCAAUCCAACAACCAGUGCCGGUUCAUUCGGAACCUCCUCCACCAGGAUUCGAAGAGCAGGAUAGUUGGUCUGGCAAGCAAGAAACGGAGUACCGGGCACCGGCAGUAGUAGCUCCGGUUAAAGCCGCAGAGGAAAUAUCCUACGAUUAUCAUAAUACACCGAAAAGUCAUGAAAAUGAUCGUGCACUUACGCCCGUUAUUCAUGAUGAUCAUCACGAACACAUGACUCGGUCUGUUUCCAGAGAAAAGGAACACAAGAAGCGAAAUCGAGACGAUGCCGAUGAUCACUAUCGAAGGGAAGAUAAAAAGAUUGUUGCCAAGACUCCGGACCGACACGAAAAAGAGAAAUCAUCUAAACGGGGUCCAGAUUAUGAUAGAGAAAAAGAAAAAGAUAAGAAAAAAGCUGAAUUAUUAAAAGAAAAGCGUUUACUUGAAAAAGAGCGCGAGAAAGAAAAAGAUAAGGAAAAAGAACGCGAGAAGGAACUGAAACGUAAACAGAGAGAUUCAAGCGAGGAAGAGAAAAAAGAGAAGAAAAAGGAUAAAGAGAAGAAAAAACGGAAGAAGGAAAAGGAAGCCGAGAAGAAAAAACAUAAGAAAGAACGCAAAGAAAAAGAGAAGCGUGCGAAAGAAAAUAAAAAGGAAAGAAGAACGGUUGAAAAAGAGGAAGCGGACAGUUCUCAACAACCUAGCACACCGAAACAUGCUCCUAGAAAAGUCAUUGAGCUAGAAAAAACAAUUGAUAAUAGACAUUCAGAGGUUGAUACGACCCAGGAUUACGGCAUUCGUGGAUUUGAUGACACACUUGUGAUGCCAGAUUCGCAUCAUUCGCAAGAUAUGAAUAAAAAAGUGUUGCGGGAUGACUAUUCCUAUCCCGAAGAGCCAUCUAGUAGUCAUGAUCAAGAGGAAGAGCAAUAUCAGCAGGUAGACACAAGUCACGAACAUAGUGAUUUGUACUCUGAUAUUCCAGACAAAUAUGAGGGUGACCAGUUGGAGAAAUCCGUUCUGGAUGAUCCCGAUGAAGAUGUUGAUUUAGUUAACAGUAGCGUUGUUGAAGCUGACGAUCACAACGGUCAAGAAGAUAUUAAAAGGUCCGACUCUAUUUUGGAUCUCCAUGCAAAUCUGGAUUUUGAAGGAGAACUUGAAGAAGGCGAAACUUCUUCUCCACCUAAAACCAACAUGUUCAUUGGCAUUCCGGAGCUCUCUAAAUGGGAACUGGAUGAGGAUAAUCCAGUUAUUUCCAGUACUGAUAGGAAACAUUCAGCGGAUGAGCUGAACAAUGCAAAAUCGGACGAGUCGUCUAGUAAAGUCACUAAUGAAGUGCUGAAGAGAGCGGAAAAUGCCAUUUUCACCCGAGCGAUUAACGCGAUACGCCCAAUUGAAAUUAAGAAAAUCAGUCUUGAUCGACAAAAAUUGUACUCAAACGAUCCACUGGCGAUCGUUGAUGUCGAGGCAACGGCACUCGAUUCCAAAGCGGAGAAGCAACAGGAUGAACUCAAACGGUUCCAGGUUACCGUUCCUAUUAACAACGAUAACGCUGAACGGUCGGUGGAAAUCAAGUCGGAUGUUGAAAAAAUUGGCGGCCGCUCUUCACCGGUGCGUACUUCGAUCAAGGAACGACUUGGAAGCAAAAUAACCGAAGUUUUAGACAGCAGUUCCAGCACGUAUUCUCAUUCUCGAACCCCGCCUCCGGUACGAAAGACCAAGGUUACAACAACCGCUGUAACAAUACUCGACCAUCCAAAGAAGAGGUCUCGUAGUAAAUCUUCUGAGCGAGAUGUUGGUACCCGGAAGACACGAAUUGAACGGGAAGAACGGCGUCGGGAAGAAAUUCGAAUUAGUAGCAGGCGCCAAGAAGGUAGCCGAAGGGUGGUACUUGCUGUUCGUGAACCGAGUCCAGAAAGACGGAAGGAACAGGGAAGAAGGGAAAGGGUCGCUAGAGAAAGCGGAAAAAAUAAAGAACGUAUGGGAAAAGAUGUACUCGAUAGAAGUCGUGACAGAGUAGCCCAACGUAGCAUCGAUCGUAGUCGUGAGAAACGGCGAGAAAAAUCAAAUUCUCCGAUUAGACGAGAACGAGAGAAAGAACGCGAUCACGAGCGUGAACGGGAACGGGAACGUGAACGGGAACGCGAACGAGAACGUGAGCGGGAUCGUGAAAAAAUUAGACGAAGAGAUCAAAAUGAAACCGUCGAAAGAAUUCGAAAGGUUGAAAGUCGCUCAAGAAAAACUCCCGAGAAAUAUAGCAGUCAUGGUAUCAGUCAUAAGGAAGAGAAGAGAGUGCACGAUCGGAAACGUUCGGAUAUAGACACUGACCGACGACAUCAUGAGGGCCAUCAUUCGGAAAAAGAACGUCGCGAUGAAUCGUUCACCAGGAAGGAUGAUCAUCGCAAGCGAGUUGGUGAAGAUAUUGCAGAAAAAGUGGUCGAAUCUACGACCAAGCAACUAAAACCCGAAAAGAUACCAAAACCAUCUCGAGGCGUGGUCAGUUCGAGUGACUCCAGUAGCUCCGACUCAGAAUCUUCCUCGUCAGACUCGAGCAGCGAUUCUGACGAAGGUACAGCUAAAAAACGGAAGAAGCGAAAGCAUAAGAAAGAACGUAAACGUGCAAAGCGGUCGGCGUCAACCGAUUCCGACGACUCUUCCAGUAAGAAAAAGAAAAAGAGUAAAAAGUCUAAAUCUAGCAAGAAGAAAAAGAAGGAAAAGAAACAUCGUAGGGAGUAAAUUUGACUACUGCUGCAGCUACAGCUAGAAAGGACAGUAUUGGGAAAAGUUACUAAAAUUAAACAAUAGGAAGCUAUUUCGGGAAAAUUUGUACAGAUAAGAUUGAAAAUGUCCCGAGGAUUCUCUAGGCAUCACCGAAGUCUAGUGUUCAAUCUGCUGCGCUGGUUAUUAUACACGUACCAUCUACAAGCAAAAAUUCAAUGAACUAUUCUAUGAAAUUCACUUUGAUUUCAUAGUUUCUUGUAAAAGAUUUACUAUAUGUAAUUACGUUAAUAUGAAAAAGAAAUACAGAAUGAGAACUCAA